GGCAAGCAGACGAACAUGUGCACUUAUGCCAGUCACCUUAAAAGUGUUUGGCUGCUAGCCGAAUUUCUCAAUGAUAAAAUGGUUAGCAAAACCCCCACGAGGUAUAACGGUGAUAUUGUUCGACUAACGUGCACCUGCUAGGUGAAUUUUCAUUAGGUCGCCUAUUACUGUCGGCUUAGUUGAAAGAACAGUGAUUUGACAAAGUAGCGGUGCUUCGCUUCGUGGGCGUUCAGGUGGAUCCAUGUAACCUAGCUGAUGAUGUUGUGACUUGAUGCUGCAUGAUUGGGAGAUAGUUAACAGUCUUAUAGCGGAUGUGCUAGCACCGGUCAUUUCAUGAUCUGAAAGUCAAAACUUUCAAAAUGAAUUCAACAAAUCAUUCUGGAAACUCAAGUGGACCCAUCGAGGUGUCUUUUGACAAUCUGUACCCCGCCAUUCUGCAAUGCUUUGUCAUCAUUCUGGGAGGGUACAUCGCUGGUCGGGCAAGCAUCAUCACCAGCACUCAGGGCAAAGGCAUCGGCUCGUUUGUCUCCAACUUCUGUCUUCCUGCCCUUCUCUUUAAGAGCAUGUGUGAGUUGAACUUCAGCUCUGUCAACUGGACGUUUCUCUGGAGCAUCUUGAUUGCCAAGACUUUUGUGUUUGUUGUCGUGGUUCUGGUCACUCUGGUUGUUAAGCGACCUCUGAAUCUUGGCUAUGCGGGACUCAAUGGUAUUUUCAGCACACAGAGUAAUGACUUCGCUUUGGGAUAUCCUAUAUUACAGGCCCUGUAUCAGAACAACCACCCAGAGUACCUGCAGUAUAUCUACUUGGUGGCCCCCAUCUCCCUCGUCUUUCUCAACCCGCUCGGCUUUGUGUUGAUGGAAAUACACAAGCGUCGCACCGAGUCGGUGGACUCGACGCACUCCACACGUCGGCUCAUCUGGCAUGUGUUCAAGGGAAUCAUCACCAACCCCAUUGUGUUCAUGACAGCCAUCGGAAUAGCAGGAAACUUCAUCUUCAAGCAGCAUGUGCCUCUCAUCCUUGAUGACAUUCUGACAGUUCUAGGGAAUGCGUUCAGUGCGGCUGCGCUGUUCUACCUGGGCCUCAGUCUGGUGGGGAAGGUAAAGAGUCUCACCGGCAUCGCGCUGCUCGGCCCAGUCCUCCUCAUCGGUGCAAAGUCACUCCUGCUUCCGCUGAUAACGUGGGAGGUGAUUGGCUGGCUAGAUAUGCAGUCCAAGUGUAAUGACAGUGAGGCUCUCAGCAUGUAUGGCUUCCUGUACGGCACAUUCCCCACAGCGCCCUCCGUCUUCCUCUAUGCCAGUCAGUACGGCUUCGGACAGGAUGUGAUUGCAACUGGUAUGGUGGCAGGGACGUUCAUCUCGGCACCCCUGAUGUUUGUCUCGGCCAAGAUGAUGACAGUGGUGGUCAACAACGAGAUGGACUACAAGGCUCUCCUCCUGGACACCAACUUCGACACCAGCAUCGUCAGCAUAAUCUGCUGUGUUUGGGUGAUGGGCGUAUUGAUUCUCAGUGGCAAAUGGCGACGUGUACCACAUAGAUUUACGCUGUGUCUUGUCUUUUCUCAGCUGGUGUCGUGUGUGGGGAUGCUGAUGUACACUGACAGUGACAGGGUGGCCAUGUGGAAGGAUUACCUCCAGAUCACGCUGCUCCUACUGGGGGUGUUCAGCACCCGAACGUGGACUGCCAUGGUGUCUGUCGCGCUCUGUCUUCUCCAUGUCCGCGGCCUCUGCUUCCUGCUUCGUGUUCAAGUCUGGCUCAUCUUCUUUGGAUUUGGAAUACCGUUCUUGGUUGUGGGUGUCCUGUUUCUGCUCGGCCACGACCAGAUGGUGCAUGAGAUGGACCCCUCUUUCCACAUGGGGCAGGUGCAGAUGAUAUUGGGACCCGAAAAUCGACACCGAGAUCUUGCACUGUUAAUGUCUAUGGUGUCGAUUCUAGUGCUGGUUCUUGGCAUUGGUAUUUCAAUCUUUGCAUUGGUCAUCCGUCAGCGAAAUGACCGACUGUAUGUGGUUGAGAGCAGAGUGAGAUCCGAAGGUAGACCAGCUACAGGAAGUGGCAUCCAGCAGACAGAGGGCAGUGUUGUCAAGCGUACUCCCGCCGACAGCAGUGACGUUAACAACUCCAACCAGUCUACGUAUGAUGCCUGUAAUGGAGCUGUGACAGUUCCCAGCAUAGAGGACAUCAUUCCCUUCCCCAGUUCCCCUAAAAGAGAAGAAACUGGCAGUGUCACAUCCGACCAAUCACAAGGCUCCGAUACCAUGCUCUUCCCCAGCAUAGAUGAGCGUACAUGUCUGGUUGGGCGGUGCAAUACGACCCAGAAGCGACAGUGUAUCGGUCGACUGCGAUCCUACAUGACGAAAGUGAACGUUCAAAUGGAUGACCCACAGGCUGAGGAACCUCAGCAGUCAUACUCUAUGUUGCAAGAGGAAUACCAGACUGGACACCAUCUUGUUUUGCUGCUGCUGCUGAUACUGUCCAUGUUCAUAGGUUUGUUUUUGUGCGUGUGGCGAUUGUUCAACAGUCAUCCUACAGGAAUAUACAUCGAGAUUGAGUUCCUGGAUGGUGUCUUCAACUAUGGACAGGGUUUCCUGUCGUUUGCUGUGUUUGGCUUCGACACCAGACUCAUGUUCACACCUAUCAUCAGAAGAUACAUAUCUCGAUACAGGUGGAUCAAUAUUCUAUAUGUUAGAGCACGGCGUCUUAUUUACGGAGUUGAGAUUGUCCAGCUUCCGAAGCGGGAUGAGAUCAGCGAGGAGACCAAAUUUACUUGUGAUCAGUUCAGAGAGUAUCAUAGAGAAAAGUGCGAGAAGCAGAUUGUCAAAGAUCAGAGAUACCGACUGAGGAAGUAUCGCAAUGUAUUUAUUGGACAUGAUCUGUGUGAUUGGCUGAUGAAAGCUGGGCUGUGUCGAGACCGUGGGGAAUGCGUCACAUAUGGCCGGCAACUGGUUCUGGGACGCUGUAUUGCCCAUGUGACUGGGGAACACCACUUUCACGACCUGCCCUACUUCUACAAAUUCCUCAACACGGAAGAGUAUGUUCCCUGUUAGAAGGCAAUGAGACACUGGGUCAUUAUGACUGUGAUCACUGUGAUAAUGGACUUGGAUAGUUGUCCUCCGCUAUUUCUCCUGUCUUCUCAGUGCUAGGAUAUUACGCAGGAACCAGUUCACUACACUGAACUGUAUCUGCCUAGGGGCAUUAUAUUUAUUGUUUAUG